AGUGCGCGUGCGCGGCAGUUGCCUUGGCGACCGGGGAAGCGUUGGGCUGCAACGACUAGGGCGCGAGCCGCUGGCGAAGAAGGAAAACGGGGAGUCUCUGGCUGGGCUAGGGCCGUAGCGACGUCCACCGCGGACCGGGGCUCCCUACAGCUGCAGGGCGUUCGGUGUCGCCGAAGUAAACAUGCACCCUAAACCCUCGGAGCCUGCGGCAGGUGGGGCAGCAGAGCCGGAUUGCACGCAGGAGUCCGGCGUGGAGGAGUCUGCGGGUGACCACGGGAGCGCAGGCCCAGGGGGCUGCAAGGAAGAAAUUAAUGAUCCUAAGGAAGUAUGUGUGGGUUCUUCUGCCACAUCCUACCAAAGCCAGCAGAAACAGAGUGGUGAUAAUGGGUCAGGUGGUCACUUUGCACACCCAAGAGAAGACAGAGAAGAUCGGGGCCCCAGAAUGACUAAAAGUUCCCUGCAAAAACUCUGCAAGCAGCACAAGCUUUAUACUACCCCAGCACUGAAUGAUACGCUGUAUUUACACUUUAAAGGUAAGGACCUAAGAGAGGAAGUGUUUCAUGUCGGGUGGAAGGAUUCUGUCUAGCGGUAUAAAAAAUUACUUGCAGGGAUCAUCUUUAGUUCUCAGAAUGUAUCUAAGCAGCAAAUUUCAGAGUUUAGUGGAGAUUUAUGGAAAAGGAAUAACUUUUAUUUCAAUAAAAAGUCUUGCCUGACCAGAGUU